AUGGAGGAGGAUGAUUUGCUUUUGAAUUUUGAUACAUCUGCGCCGCUACCCGCGAAGAAACGGCGGCAAAACAGCCAUGGACAAGCACAUAAACGCGCUCAUUUAGGAGAUGACUCCACGGAGCACCCCGCGCAUAAGCGAGCUCGCGAAAAUCCAUCAGACCGCCGCACCAUCGACAUAGCCAGGAAAAUAACACAGGCACAUACUCACAGCGCGCCUAAGACUACUGGCUACGUCUCUUCUCUUUUUGCGCGCAAUGAUACCCUUGCAGCUGAGCCUGAAGAUGUGCCUCAAGCGAGUCCAAUUGCGCCUUCGAAUGCGCCCGUUCUGGACGGUACAUUUGAAGGCCUUGGCCUCGAUCCGCUUAUUGCGCGGCACUUGCGCGCGAGAAUGGGCAUAGACGGACGUCCCACAGAAAUUCAACAGCGGGCCAUCCCGCCGUUGCUUGCUGUGCCUCCGCAAAUGGGCUGUGAACGGGACAUUCUUGUGCAGGCACAAACGGGAAGCGGCAAGACACUGACCUAUUUACUUCCCAUCAUCCAGUCACUUCUCCCUCUUUCGCAAGAGAGUUUUAUUGAUCGCAGUGUAGGCACACUUUCCAUUAUCCUUGCUCCGUCGCGCGAACUAGCACGCCAAAUCUAUACCGUGCUGGAACGCCUACUCACGCUAUCGCUAGCAUCCACAGACCAAGACGACCAAGCCCCGAAACGCUAUUCGCGCUGGAUUGUACCUGGCCUGCUCACAGGCGGGAGCACCAAAAACCAUGAAAAGCAGCGCUUGCGGAAAGGCUGCUCGAUCCUCGUUGCUACGCCGGGGCGGCUUCUGGACCACUUGCAAAACACAUCGAGCCUGGAUGUAGGCAAGUGUCGGUGGCUUGUGUUGGACGAAGCUGACCGGUUACUUGAGAUGGGCUUCCAGGAGCAGCUGGAAGGGAUUAUUAAGGCGCUCGAUGGCCGACGCCGACUUGCGCUUGGCGCAGCACGCGACGCGAUGCUCAAAAGCGAGGCACUUGCACCCGGCGAUAAAGACGAUGCACACGUUGUCGAUUCGCUCGGUGUCUCCUGGUGGGCGGUUCCGCGGCGGCUGAUUCUGUGUUCUGCGACACUCGACGAGCGUGUUCAAGCAUUUUCCGGCACAACGCUGCGCAACCCCUUGCUUGUACGCGCCGGGGCCGACACUGAGACACACGCGGAACAAGAUGGCCCUACCUUUUCCGCACCGUCGCAGUUACAACAGCACGCGGUAGUAACAGCGCCCAAGCUUCGUCUUGUCGCGCUUGUCGCGCUCUUGCGGCACACAAUCCCGCGCAUGGCUGAUGUGGACAAGAUAGGACCAGCACGUGUGAUUGUGUUUAUAUCGGCCACAGACAGCGUGAAUUUUCACUGGGAAGCACUGGGCGGCGCCAAGAUGCGCUCUGUGGAGCAGCCCAAAGAGCCAGACGCGACCGAAAAAGAGCCCGCGUCCCUCGCUCAGUACAGCGAGCUGCUUCCCAACACGCCCAUAUUUCGCUUGCACGGGUCCAUGCCGCAAAAGGAGCGUAUUGCAUCGUUGCGCGCAUUCCAGACACUUUCGACGGAGCAGCCAUGCCGAGGCGGCGUACUGCUAUGUACGCCCGUCGCAUCGCGUGGCCUCGACCUUCCCGAUGUUCGCUGCGUGAUUCAGAUGGACGUGCCAACCGAAGGCGGCGCAGAAGAGUACGUACACCGCAUUGGGCGUACAGCACGUGCAGGGCGCCAGGGUACGAGCUGGCUCAUGCUCCUCCCCCACGAAGAGCCAUGGCUCCAAACUUUGGAGCGCCGUGUCGUUGUCCGAGAGGCGACAGGCAUGCACCCCCCCAAAAUCACAGUCGUCGGUAUCGACACGGUGCUGUUCGAAGGAUUUGGCGGCGCAUUUCGCGAGUACGAAUCGCGAGCGACCGACGUCCAAAUGGCCGUUGAGCGCUGGGUGUUGCGCGACGAGAAGCACACCUCGCUUGCCCGUACCGCGUUCCUAGCGUAUAUCCGCGCUUAUGCGACGCAUCCCGCUGCAGAAAAAGCGCUUUUCAACGUGAACCAAUUGCACCUUGGCCACCUUGCCAAAGCAUUUGCGCUGCGCGAAGCGCCAAACACGGUGCAGAAACUGGCCAAGCGCGAACACGACAAGAAGGCAAAAGAGAAACCAAAACGCGAUGCGAUGCGCGAGCAACAUGCGCGGAUGAUGGCGCAUCUUCCUGCAGAGAGUAUGUAG